AUGGAACGAUACGAGAACCUAGGGUUAGUUGGCGAAGGAAGCUACGGCAUGGUCAUGAAGUGUAAGGACCGUGGGACGGGACAAAUUGUAGCGAUAAAGAAAUUUAUUGAUACGGAAGAUGACAAACUGGUUAAGAAAAUAGCGGCCCGGGAAAUAAAAAUGCUGAAGCAACUGAGACACGACAACCUCGUCAACCUCCUCGAUAUUUUUCGACGAAAAAGGCGCCUUUACCUCGUUUUUGAAUUUGUUGAUCAUACUGUUCUGGAUGACUUGGAACUGCACCCAAAGGGUUUGGACGAAGAACGAACCAGAAGGAUUUUGUUCCAGGUUCUGCGAGGAGUGGAAUUCUGUCAUACUCAAAACCCUAAGAUAGCGGCUCAAAAGAAGGAAGCAGUCUACUUAUUCAAAUUGAGAAAUGGCUUUUGUCUCUGCCACAAUAUACUCAAAGCUGCGGCACUGGCUGAUGUUAAGAGAUUACUCCUGGAUUUCCGGGGCUGGUUCGACUCGGUUGAUCGGUCUCUUUUCCUUUACACGCUUGCCUACCAAGGAAUAACCCGGAAGCUUAUAAACGUAAUACGUUCCUUGUAUUCUCAGACUUCCGGACGUGUGACAGUAUACGGAGAGCUCUCCAAACGCUUCCGUACACAAAGCGGUGUCCUCCUGUUUAACUUUGUCAUCGAUGAAAUAAUGAGACGAACGCUGGAGGGUCUCCAAAACCCUGGUGUUCAAAUAACCUGUGAAGAAAACCUUGUCGAUCUGGAGUACGCAGACGACAUCGUUCUCGUCUUCGAAGGGAAGGCGAAGGCGAAGGUGUUCUUGGAUGAACUGACCAAAAUUAUAAAAAACCGUUCACCUGUAGCACUCUUUUGGUGCCUAGCUGCCAUGCCACAUGAAGGAGGCACGAGGGCUGGGCUACUGCCAGGUUGCCUAAACCUAGACAGAGGAAGUCAAGAGGCCGCGGUCGGGUCCGAACCACCGACUUUCCGGUCAGUCCUGCUCGUAGACGUGCAGUCACCGAGCACGCCACUUACAAUCCAGAAAGAGGUAUUGGAGGUCGUGGAGCGUUUUACGUAUCUUGGAAGUUGUAUUAGUUCUGAUUGUAGUGUGGCUGAGGUGAAUGCACGAAUCGAGUCGCGUUUGGUAAUUUGA